GUUGUGAGACCAAUGCUUAUACAGCUCUCUGGUUGUAGGCUACAACUCUUAUAGAAAUGAGGCUUAAACCAAACAGGGGUAUUUUAUUUUUGUGUCUCGUGCUCCCUUACAUUGGUCAAGUAUGUGGCAUAAGCCUGGGAAUAGUGCAAAAAGAUGAGCUGCAUCGUGAGGAGAGGUCCAAGGAUAUUCACACUGGAACAAUUACUUUCGGAACCGGGAAUAUUUCACUGGGUCGAAAUCUGGAAUAUGAGAGCCGAUAUGUUGGCGAAAACCCUACAAAUGAUGGCUCGGUUAACAUUCAAGCCGACUUUUCCCAUCCAGGCCUGUUGGGUGGACAAAGCAAGAUUGAUGACAUUAGGGCCUGGAGUCGUAUGCGACCGAAGUUGGUAUGCACUAAUGACCUCAUGAAGUUCUCAGCACAAGGCCCUGGGUGCUCUUCACUCCAGUUAUACAAAGGUGGCAAGCCACUCUCACUAAGCCAGCUACCACGAGACUGUGGCUACUCUGUGAAAAGGACUGCUGUGGGCCUUAAGUUUCUUGCCCCUCUUGAUGGCUGUGAUGUUGUAGAACAGGGCAAUAACCACUUGCUACAGCUGUUGUGGAAUGGCAAUCCAGUAACCCUCUCCUGCCCUGUAUCAAGCUCAGGCCAAGUCUCUCCAGUUGUAUCUACUACUCCAGCUACAGAAGCACCGCUUCCUCCACAGAAUUGGUGGAUGCAUCCCAUUUUUGGAGGCUUCCCCCCUCUAAUGCCAGUGGCUCCCCCUCCAGCUACCGAAGCACCUACUACAGCUGCCAAGCUUCCUCCACAGAAUCAAUGGAUGCAGCCCAUUUUUGGAGGCUUCCACCCUGUAAUGCCUGUGUCUACUGCUGCACCAACUACAGAAGCCGCUGAACUUCCUCCAAAGAAUCAAUGGGUGCAUCCCAUUUUUGGAGGCUUCCACCCUGUAAUGCCUGUGGCUCCAGCUACUGAAGCACCUACCACAGCUGCCAAGCUUCCUCCACAGAAUCCGUGGGUGCAUCCCAUUUUUGGAGGCUUUCACCCUGUAAUGCCUGUGGCUACUGUUGCACCAACUACAGAAGCUGCUGAACCUCCUACACAGAAUCAAUGGAUGCAUCCCAUUUUUGGAGGCUUCCACCCUGUAAUGCCUGUGGCUACUGUUGCACCAACUACAGAAGCUGCUGAACCUCCUCCACAGAAUCAAUGGAUGCAUCCCAUUUUUGGAGGCUACCACCCUGUAAUGCCUGUGGCUACUGUUGCACCAACUACAGAAGCUGCUGAACCUCCUCCACAGAAUCAAUGGAUGCAUCCCAUUUUUGGAGGCUUCCACCCUGUAAUGCCUGUGGCUACUGUUGCACCAACUACAGAAGCCGCUGAACUUCCUCCACAGAAUCAAUGGGUGCAUCCCAUUUUUGGAGGCUUCCACCCUGUAAUGCCUGUGGCUCCAGUUACUGAAGCACCUACCACAGCUGCCAAGCUUCCUCCACAGAAUCCGUGGGUGCAUCCCAUUUUUGGAGGCUUCCACCCUGUAAUGCCUGUGGCUACUGUUGCACCAACUACAGAAGCCGCUGAACUUCCUCCACAGAAUCAAUGGGUGCAUCCCAUUUUUGGAGGCUUCAACCCUGUAAUGCCUGUGGCUACUGUUGCACCAACUACAGAAGCCGCUGAACAUCCUUCAAAGAAUCAAUGGGUGCAUCCCAUUUUUGGAGGCUUCCACCCUGUAAUGCCUGUGGCUACUGAAGCACCAACUACAGAAGCUGCUGAACCUCCUCCACAGAAUCAAUGGAUGCAGCCCAUUUUUGGAGGCUUCCACCCUGUAAUGCCUGUGGCUACUGUUGCACCAACUACAGAAGCCGCUGAACUUCCUCCACAGAAUCAAUGGGUGCAUCCCAUUUUUGGAGGCUUCAACCCUGUAAUGCCUGUGGCUCCAGCUACUGAAGCACCAACUACAGAAGCUGCUGAACCUCCUCCACAGAAUCAAUGGAUGCAGCCCAUUUUUGGAGGCUUCCACCCUGUAAUGCCUGUGGCUCCAGCUACUGAAGCACCAACUACAGAAGCUGCCCAGCUUCCUCCACAGAAACAAUGGGUGCCUGUCUUUGGAGGCAACUAUGGUGUUCCUUUUGGUCAGUGAAGAGACUGUCCAUUGUCUUUUUAUUCAAAUAGGUGUUAUUUAAUGCAUAUAUUAAAAUGUGUACUUGGAA